AUGUACCAUGCAAUGGGUGUAAAUGAACUUAACAUUUAUGUUAUCAACGUCAUUACGGAGUUAUAUAACGUACUUAAACUGUAUGAAAAAGAGAUCAGUUUAAACUUACAUCCUGGCACAUUGUUGCCAAAAAUUGUGAGUAAUUAGAAAAUUUAAAUAAGUUGAACUUUUCUUACAAGGAAAGUACCCAACCUGCAACUCUCAGAAUUAGCUCAAAAUUUUUACAUUGAUUCUUUGUAGUACCAAUAGCACAUAUAAAAAAUUUUAGCUUGCGGUUUUAAGUUUUAAAAUUAAUAUAUUUAAAUUUCCCGUUAAUUUGGCAACUUUGGCAUUGUGUUGCAAGCACUUUUUUUGAUGUUCCAGAUAAGAUAGACUUACAAAUUUAAAAUUGUAGGUUUAUUUGAAGUUUUUCUAACAUUAUAUUAAAUAAAAUUUGUCAAAAGUCAAAAAUUGACAAAGUUAAAAGCUUGAAACACUAUGCCAAUUUGGAGAGAAAUUCAAAACGCGAUUUUUCGACCUUGAUUUUCUCAACAGUGACCGCAAACCGCAACUUAGAAUUUUGCAUAAGAUCUUACAUUUACAUGAUCUUUUGAUAAAAAAAAUAUGAACAAAAUCUGAGCGUUGCAGGUCGGGUACCUUCCUUGUUAAUACGUAAUAUUUAUAAAAAGUACAGAGUGCGCCAAAAGUUCUGUUACAUGGUUUUUUAAUCAAAUAUUUAUUUUAACAACAAAUAUAACUAAAAUAACAACUAACAAUAGUAACAUACAGUACUAGUUAUAACAUAGUCAAUCGGAUUCGAAGUGUCUUCAUUUGCAGAUUGGCACAAGCGCAAACGCUUCUAAAAGUUUUCAGCAAUAGAGAAGCUUUGUAACAGAACUUUUGGCGCACUCGUACUUUUUAUCACGCAGUAGGUGUUUUGCCCUAGCAUUAGCUAAAGCCAAGACUAAAAUUUAGUUUUAGUCUUGGCUUUAGUUUUGGCUUGAAAAUUAACUUUAGUCUUAGCCUAGGCCUAUUUUUACACGCAAUAUAGGUAAACAAUAUAUGCAAAUACAGUCAGGUUACGAUGCGAACGGUUACACUGAAGCCAUGAAUCAACUGAUUUGCUACAACGAGUGUUAUUUGGAUCAUCGUGAAUCUGCCGAAUUCAUAUUGUUUUCCGAUUUGGACGAAGUUAUCACUUCUGUUAACGGAAAUCUGCUCAAAACGGUGCGAAUAUUGUUCAACCAAAUACCAUCAGUAGCAGGAUUUGGAUUCACAUGGAAGACCUCGUCUUACAUUAAAGGUAAGUUGCACUGUUGUGUAAUACUUAUUGUUAGUAAGUAUUACAGUUAGUUACUGUUUUUUAAUACUUACCGUUAUUUCUUUAUUUUUUACAGUGUGCGCCAAAAGUCCUGUUACACGGUUUUUUAAUCAAAUAUUUAUUUUAAAAACAAAUAUAACUAAAAAAACAACUAACAAUAAUAAAAUAUAAUACUAGUUAUAACAUAGUCAAUCGGUUUCGAUGGUGCCCCAUUGACGGCUUAGUACAAGCGCAAACGCUUCUAAAAGUUUUCAGCAAUGAAGAAGUUUUGUAACAAAUCUUUUGGCGCAACUUGUAAUAAUUAAAUAAGUUUCCAUAUUUAGUUGAUACCGUGAACGAAUACUCUGUCGGUAGAAUGUUUAAUGGUCUUCGUGUUUGGAGAAACGAAAGUUACGUUAAAUCCAUUAUAGUGCCGAAAAGAGUAGGCUUUAGCAUUGUGCACGAUGUUGAAGGAAUGAUUUAUCAGGGUCGUGAAGUCAAACAUGUUAAAUUGCCUCUUGAAGAGGGCUACACAGUGCACUUACGUGCAGAAGCACAAAUGACGAAACAUAAAGGUAUUGAUCUUAUUGAUGCCAACAUAUUGGCUGAAACGCAAAUUAACGAAUAUAGGAAGCUGAACAAUAAAAAGGAGGUAAGACAUAGCGGAGAAGACUUAAACAACAUCGACAACAAAAGCACUGGUGAUACGCUUCAUGAGGUUGAUAAUUCACAAAAUCUGGCCAGCACGACGGUUCCAUCAAAGGAAGUACAUACUAUUCAGAAAAUUUUAAAAAAAGCUUUACAAGGUGACGCUAAAUUAAUGCCACUAAACGCGCUAGCGACAGCAACCUACAAUCUAAAAAAGCGGUUACAAAACGUUUCAUUUUACGACAGUUUCAAGAUGUUACCUAAAACGCUUUUUUUCAUCUCACAAUUCAAACAAUGCUAUAAAGACCUGCCUCAUGAGAAGGGUUGUGCAAGUCUGAACAAUUGCAUUAUUGACUAUACAGACAGUCCACGCUGUCACGUUCUAA